CGUUCUCCGGCCGGGGCCGGGGCUGGGGCGCUGACGGCCGCCUCCCGCCGCGCCGUUACUCAGCACAGCCGGCGUCCCCACACCCCGCCGACCCGGCAGUCGGGAGAGCGCGGGGCCGCCGAGCGGAGCGCCCGGUGCAGACUAGAAGAUGAAUAAUCUUUCCUUUAGUGAACUGUGUUGCCUGUUCUGUUGUCCACCAUGCCCAGGGAAAAUUGCCUCUAAGCUGGCAUUCUUACCUCCUGAUCCCACAUACACACUGAUGUGUGAUGAGAGUGGCAGUCGCUGGACUUUGCAUCUCUCAGAGCGAGCAGACUGGCAAUAUUCUUCUAGAGAAAAAGAUGCUAUUGAGUGCUUCAUGACUAGAACAUGUAAAGGCAACAGGAUUGCCUGUAUGUUCGUGCGUUGCUCACCUAACGCCAAGUACACUUUGCUCUUCUCACAUGGAAAUGCUGUUGACCUGGGUCAGAUGAGCAGCUUUUAUAUAGGACUGGGUUCACGGAUUAAUUGCAACAUAUUCUCCUAUGAUUAUUCUGGAUAUGGUGCAAGUUCUGGGAAGCCAACGGAGAAGAAUCUGUAUGCUGACAUUGAUGCUGCUUGGGUGGCUCUUAGAACAAGGUAUGGAAUUCGCCCUGAAAAUGUGAUUAUAUAUGGCCAGAGUAUAGGAACGGUACCAUCUGUGGAUCUUGCUGCUAGGUAUGAAAGUGCUGCUGUAAUUCUUCAUUCUCCACUGACCUCAGGAAUGCGAGUAGCUUUUCCUGAUACGAAGAAGACAUACUGCUUUGAUGCAUUCCCGAACAUUGACAAAAUUUCUAAAAUAACAUCUCCUGUCUUAAUAAUCCAUGGAACUGAAGAUGAAGUAAUUGACUUUUCACAUGGCCUGGCAUUAUUUGAGCGUUGCCAGAGACCUGUAGAACCACUGUGGGUAGAAGGAGCGGGCCAUAAUGAUGUGGAACUCUAUGGACAGUACCUUGAAAGAUUAAAACAGUUUGUGUCACAGGAGCUGGUGAACUUGUAACUUUCAUUGUGUAUUUACAUGUUUUUUUCAUUUCACUGCAGAACUGCACACUUUGAUAAAUAUGUAACUUAAAACCUGAAUGUUGUGUUUUCAAAUCAUAUUGGUUGCCUUCAUUAAAUCUACAGGUAAUGAUUUGUCAACAUAAUUAAUGAAGGUUUUAAUGUCAGCGUUAUAAACUGGAAUUACAUGGUCAUGCAGUCAGACUUGGCAGUUCGUAUUUCUUUGUGUGAGGUUUUUUUUUCUUAGAUGUAAAGAAAAAAAUCACAAGGAGUACUGUAAGAAAAUUUAAUUAUAUAAAACCAAAUGCUGUAAAAGUGUUGCCAAGUGCUUUAGCAUAUCAAAACCAAGUUUAUAAAUAUUUUUUAAACAUCUCAAAGUAUACUGUGACUUACUCUAUUGCACAGGUGUAAUUAAAAAACUGACUUCUAAACUGUCGUCCUGUUAAAAUGUAAUAGCCAUGAAAUUUGAGCAAAUACUAAUGUAUGUAAUGAGAAUAAACAGUGACUGGAAAUAACUCAUGCCCUGUUACAAGGAGAGGGGGGCAAAAUAGAUAUCUUUUCCCAUAUUUUUCAUUUCUUUUGUGCUUAGUUUUCUUUUAGUUAUUUUGUACUCAUAUUGUCUCUUAGCUUUGAGGAUAAUAAAAUGUAUCCAUUCAUG